GCACAGUGAUGAUACAUUGAACAUGGUUGAUCAGGACUUUUCAGCUGUAGGUAACUAUAAGACUUUGAACAUGGUGUUAGGAGCUAAAGUGUGCACCGCAGUUGGAUGUGAUAUGCACAGUGAUGAUACAUUGAACAUGGUUGAUCAGGACUUUUCAGCUGUAGGUAACUAUAAGACUUUGAAUGAAAUUCUAAGUUUUUCUUAAUGCCAUUUUAACGAAAUUUUUGACCAGGCCAACUAACAGGGGAAUACCAACGCUUUCAACUUGGCAGAAAUUACAUAGCCCCUACUUUCAAGUUUCAACGUUUCAACUUUUAAUGGUGUUUUUUAUAUAAUAGAUUAUGUAUUCAGGGAUAAUUAUUACUUCAGAGUCUUAUAUCAGUCCAUAUCCUUCGUCUUCUGGUUUUCGAAAGAUUAAUGCCAUCUUUGUUCAUGUGCAGAAAUGAAUAAGCAAAGGAGUUACAGGAUUUGUUUUCUUCUGUGUUUCUUCUCUUCUUAUUAUCAUUCAGAACCCAUGUUAGAGUUUUUGCAGCUGAUACAAUGACUAUAGGUGAAUCAUUAACUGGAGAUGAAACAAUCAUAUCAAAAGGUGGAAUCUUUGAGCUGGGUUUCUUCAAACCAGAGUUUUGAUUAUCCAACUGAUACUUGGUUACCUGGUGGAAAAAUUGGGUUGAAUAAAAAGACCAAGGAACCCCAGUUACUUACUUCAUGGCGAAAUCAAGAAGAUCCAGCUCCAGGAAUCUUCACACUGGAAUUAGACCCAGCUGGAACAGAUCAGACUCUUAUAAGAUGGAAUAAAUCCGAACAGUUUUGGAGAAGUGGGAUCGAUUCUUACAAGAUUAGUGAUGGAUGUUUCUGGCCAAAUCAAGCAAUAUGCAUGGUCAGAUACGACGAAAACGGCGAAUUUGCUUUGGUCUCUACCGGAACAAUUGUGUGAUGUUUAUGGUAUUUGUGGACCUUUUGGCAACUGUAACCAGGACACAAUGAAGUGCGAGUGCUUGCCAGGUUUCGUUAAACGGUCUCCUUCAGAUUGGGAUCUCCAGGAUUCAACUGUCUGAUCCCGUGAGCAUCCAGCGUCAGCACAAAGGAAGUGACUGACCCUGACUUCGCAUGACAGGCAGUGGCCUUUUCCUAUUUUUUGUUGUUGUUGUAGUAACGUUUUGGGGUUCGUAGUUAGCAUAGAUGUUUUGUAAGAGAAUAGGCUGUUAUUUUGCAUGUCAUUAACUGUAAAGCACUACGGGCUCCUCCUUUUUGCUGUUUCUUAGAUUAAAAUGUUUGGCAGGAAUUUUACCUGUACAGUUAAAUUAAGUGUAGAGAAUCUAGGCCAAAUAGAUGACUUAUUGUUUCUUUCUGU